AGAAAUCUGUAGCCUUUUUGCUUUGCGCAAGCGUUAUGUAUUGAAUGGUAAUUAAAAUUUUCUUGUGGUGUCGUGUUUUCCCGCAUCAUGGUGAAUUAUUAACCUCAAAAGUUGACGGAUAGAAAAACUAUAAAUUAUUUAAAAAAAUGAGCGUAUCCAUCCCUCCAGUCGCUGGAAUUGAGAAUCUAGAGCCAGAACAAAUAAAAACGUUUAAAGACUUCCUCGUCUCUUAUAACAAAUUGACCGAAAUGUGUUUUAAUGAUUGUAUAGAUAAUUUUACAAGUAGAAAUAUCAAAGACAAAGAGGAAAAGUGUGCUCUCAACUGUUUAGAAAAAUUCCUCAAAGUUAAUCAACGAAUUUCGGAGAGAGUUCACGAAUUUCAAGUUUUAGCCAAUGAAAAUGCAAUGGCAGCUGCCCAGAAAAUGAAGCAGGGAAGUUAGACAUUAUAGAUGUAGUCAUCAAUGUUAGUAUGUAAUAUGUACAUAUAUAUAGAAUGAUGUUUUUACUAAAUAAGUUGUUACAAAAAACGAAUAAAGUCUUUUACAAAUAA